AUGGCUGCCCUGACGACGGUGGUGGUGGCGGCGGCGGCAACGGCGGUGGCCGGGGCUGUGGCGGGGGCGGGCGCGGCCGCCGGGAGCGGCGUGGGAGCAGCGCCGGUGCCGCCACAGAAUGAUGGCUGUUUUGGUACUUCAGGUGGAAUUCGUUCUUUUCAGCUUCACAACUGGAAACAGAAAGUUAGUCAGCCUAAGAAAGCAGAAUUCAUACGCACAGCAGAAAAAUUUAAAAAUCUAGUUAUUAACAUAGAAAAAGAUAAACACAGUCAUUUCUACAACCAAAAAAGUGACUUCAGAAUCGAGCAUAGUAUGCUGGAAGAAUUGGAAAAUAAAUUGAUUAACAACAGGAAAACAGAAAGAUCAAAAAUCCAGCAACAAUUGGCCAAAAUACAUAAUAAUGUAAAGAAACUUCAGCAUCAGUUAAAAGAUGUGAAGCCUACACCUAGUUUUGUUGAAAAGCUCAGAGAAAUGAUGGAAGAAAUCGAAAAUGCAAUUAACACUUUUAAGGAGGAGCAGAGAUUAAUAUAUGAAGAGCUUAUUAAAGAAGAGAAAAUAACUAAUAAUGAGUUGAGUGCCAUCUCAAGGAAGAUUGAUACAUGGGUUUUGGGUAGUUCAGAAACAGAUAAAGCUUUCAGAGUGAUGUCAAGCAAGGUGCCUGUAGACAAAGUAGCACCAACUACUCUUCCAGAGGAAGUGGUGGAUUUUGAAAAAUUCCUUCAGCAAACAGGAGGGCGACAAGGGGGCUGGGAUGACUAUGAUCACCAGAACUUUGUAAAGGUGAGAAACAAACAUAAAGGGAAGCCAACAUUUAUGGGAGAAGCCCUAGAACACCUUCCCGGAAGAACACAGGAUGAAGUUGAACAGCAUGAGAAAUGGUAUCAAAAGUUUCUGGCCCUAGAAGAAAGGAAAAAAGAGUCUAUUCAGAAUUGGAAAACUAAAAAGCUGCAAAAAAAGGAGGAAAUUUUCAAGGAAAAGGCAGAGGACAUGCCUAUGCUUUUUCAAAGCAAACAAGAAGAUAAUCAAAAGCUAAAAGAGGAACAAAGAAAGAGGCAGAAAUUGGCAGUGGAAGCUUGGAAAAAACAGAAAAGUAUAGAAAUGUCAAUGAAAUAUGCUUCCCAGUUAAAAGAAGAGGAAGAGAAAGAGAAAAGGCAACAGAAAGAGCGCCAACGCCAGUUUAAACUAAAAUUACUACUAGAAAACUACACCCAGCAGAAGAAAGAACAGGAAGAAUUUUUAAGACUUGAAAAGGAGAUAAGGGAAAAGGCAGAAAAGGCAGAAAAAAGGAAAACGGUUGCUGAUGAAAUUUCCAGAUUUCAAGAAAGAGAUUUGCGUAAACUUGAACUGAAAAUUCUUGAUAGACAGUCAAAAGAAGAUGAAAAGGCAGAAAAACAAAGAAGACUGGCAAAAUUAAAAAAAAAGGUUGAAAACAAUGUUAACAGAGAUCCUUCUAGGCUUUACAAACCUACCAAAGGCUGGGAAGAACGGACCAAAAACUUAGGACCAACAGGCUCUGGGCCACUUCUACAUAUCCCACAUAGGGCUAUUCCAACCUGGAGACAAGGACUUUAG